AUGUGUGCCAACUCAACCAACCGUGACGUGUACAUGAUCUUCAGUGCCGCUUGGAGCACGGAGUCGGCAAGGGUGGAGUGGAGAAGGAUUUUAAAAAUUUACAUUUACACUUUUAUGCUAGCGUCGGUGUGUUGCGAGUCCGCACAGCAAUCGUUGGGUGCCCUGCCGGAGCCGGUCUGUGGCCAAAUCUCGCAGAUGCUGGACAGCUGCUUCCGCAACUCGUCGCCCACGAUCGCCGUCGAGCUGCUGUACUCCGUCAAGAUCCCGGACUCGGUGGAGGAGAUAAGUGACCGGUGCCUGCUGUUCAACCGGGGCAUGGAGUGUGUGCAGCACUACUUGAACGUGUGCGUCGACCAGAAGGAGCGGAAGAUCAUCGAGAACGAGGUGUACGGAGCGAAGCGGCUGUACGAGUUCCUCUGCCGGGACCGCUCCUACCAGCAGGAAUUCCUACGACACAAGACGUGCUUCUACCACGUGCAUCACGACUGGGACGCCUGUUCGAGCAAAUUCAUCGGCAUCCUGAAGGAGGAAAUGACCAAAACGACGAAGCACUCGGUCAACGUGCAGUAUAUGCAGUUUUGCUGCGCCCGGUACGGCUACGAGAACUGCGUCGCGAACAGCGCCCGGCACAAGUGUCGGCCCGACUCGGCCCUCUUCCUGCGUACCGUCGCCAGGCUGCUGUCCACCGACCGGCACUUCCUGAACUGUGAUAAAAUCGAACACGAGGUGUGCUCGUCCGGAACGAAGGCAGCCGGGUGGGGGGUUCCGUUGGCGGCUACGUUGGCAUUCCUGCUGGCCGCGAUCCGGCGAACUUCGACACUCUAGACAACGCGACGAUCUUCGAGGAAGGCGUGUGAGCGUUGAAAUCCGAACCGAGUGUUGAGGAUAAAGCCGAAACAAGAAUAAUAUACCAAGGGAUAAUAGACGCUCGGUUGGCUUUGGUCAUCCACGCCAAAGAAAGGCUUCGGUCGACGAGCAGAACAACGGAUCAGUACGCCAUUCGAGCGUUCCUUCCGGCGAGCGAAAUAGUGGUUUCAGCUACCCAACUAAAACAUUAGUACCACAUGCUAUAAGA